GGAAAAGAAGCGCAGGCCAAAAGCGAAAUCAUUUUCUCCUUCCAAGUUCCGCAAAGGCCCACCUGGAAAUUGUUACUGACUCUGCCGUAGCAACCAACAUCCUCCCUCCUCCACUAUCCCGUUUUGCACUUGUCUCCAUUUUGUCCACACUUCCCCUCCCGACUGUCAGUGUUUUCAUUGAUAAAAAUCCCACUUCACAGGACCAGACAUUAUCAUGUCUUCUCCAGCGCCUAAUCGUCGCAGAGGUCGCUCGGCCAGAGAUUCGACAAUCUCCUCUCCUGCCCGCUCAACCCGCUCUACCAGAUCACAACAACAACUUCAGACCAGCAGCCCUCCUCCCAGAGAUGAUCAGUCGCAGACCACUCCCCGUGCCUCGCGGCGGGUACGGGGUGAAGGCCCCGUUCCAUCGUCGUCGCCAAUGUUCUUUCAAUCAUCUCCGAUGAAGGCAAACAGCAGCGCAGAGACGCCCGAUCUCGGUAUGGAAGAGCCUAGCUCACCUGUCCGGGCAUCUUCGACAUUUGAGGAUGUUGAAACCACGCCUCGAGGAAACGCUGCUACCAUCAGAGAUUCAUCUCCCAUCCGUUACGUCUCUAGCUCCAGCCCGACCCGUUCUCUCGGUCGUCGGGCAGAGCGGUCGGAUAUCCCCAGCAGUAGCAGCGGUCUUUUCGUAUCGUCUAGAUCAGUCACAGACGGCAAUCGUGGAGUUUCUCGUCGCAAUGACCUUCAUUCGGGCGGCUUUGGAUCGACCCCAAGUCGCCGCCGCAGAAUCUUUGUCGACGCCAAUGGUGUGCCCACCGCCGAUGCCGAGCCGCGCUCUGAUGCGACCUUCUCCAACAUUCACCCAGACACCUCCGAAGCGGAGGCUCUUGGUGGCAGCUCCACGCGUGUGAUUUGGGGAACCAACAUCUCCAUCCAAGAUUCGAUGUCCGCCUUCAAAAACUUCAUUUACAACUUCGCUACGAAAUACCGUCUCUGGGCGGAAGGUGCAUCCGAAAACGAAACUCGGGCGAUGGGCAAGGCUGCUGAAGAGAGGGAAUACAUUGCCAUGCUGAACACAAUGCGUCAACUCGGCGUCACCAAUCUCAACCUGGACGUGAAGAAUCUCAAAGCAUACCCCUCAACACUGAAGCUCUGGCACCAAUUGCACGCCUAUCCGCAGGAAAUCAUUCCUCUGAUGGAUCAAACUGUCAAGGAUGUCAUGGUUGAGCUGGCAGGUAAGGAGAUGCAGCGCCAACGGAGUAACAGCCGGCACCGUCAGAAUCAGUCAAAGGAUUUGAGCUCCGCACCUGCAGUUCCAAGCUCUGAUGCGCUCAUGAGCGAUGCUGGCCGGGCCCCACAGGCCGAAAUCCAAGACCUUGUCCAGGAAGUCGAAUCGAACUCGUACAAGGUCAUGCCUUUUGGCCUUGACUCUGCAGUGAACAUGAGAGAUCUUGACCCUGCUGACAUGGAUAAGUUGAUCAGCAUCAAGGGUCUGGUCAUCAGAACCACUCCUAUCAUCCCUGACAUGAAAGAGGCUUUCUUCCGCUGUCAGAUUUGCAACCAUAGUGUUCAGGUCGAUAUCGACCGUGGCAGGAUUGCAGAGCCUGCCGAAUGUCCCCGCCCUAUUUGCAAGGCCAAGAAUUCCAUGCAGCUUAUCCACAACCGCUGUGCCUUUGCCGACAAGCAGGUGAUCAAACUCCAAGAAACUCCCGACAGUAUCCCUGAUGGACAAACACCCCACUCUGUUUCCCUGUGCGUGUACGACGAGCUGGUCGAUGUCUGCAAAGCUGGUGACCGUGUUGAGGUUACUGGUAUCUUCCGAUGCAAUCCUGUACGCGUAAACCCUCGCCAGCGGACCCAGAAGACUCUUUUCAAGACCUAUGUGGACGUCUUGCACGUGCAAAAAAUUGAUCGCAAGAAGCUGGGUAUUGAUGCUUCCACUGUCGAACAAGAGCUUUCGGAGCAGGCUGCUGGUGACUCUGAGCAGGUGCGCAAGAUCACAGCUGAAGAGGAGGAGAAGAUCAAGCGAACUGCCACCCGGCCCGACAUCUACGAGCUGCUCUCACGCUCCCUGGCACCAAGUGUCUACGAGAUGGAUGAUGUUAAGAAGGGGAUCCUGCUCCAGAUGUUUGGAGGCACUAACAAGACUUUCGAAAAGGGAGGUAACCCUCGCUACCGUGGCGACAUCAAUGUCUUGCUCUGCGGUGAUCCCUCUACCUCCAAAUCACAGCUUCUUCGUUAUGUCCACAAGAUCGCCCCGCGCGGUGUCUAUACCAGCGGCAAAGGUUCCUCGGCUGUCGGUCUUACAGCUUAUGUGACUCGUGAUCCUGAGACUCGCCAGAUGGUCCUUGAGUCUGGUGCUUUGGUUCUCUCUGACGGCGGUAUUUGCUGCAUCGACGAGUUUGAUAAGAUGAACGAAUCGACGCGGUCAGUUCUGCACGAAGUGAUGGAGCAGCAAACCGUCUCAGUUGCCAAGGCUGGUAUCAUUACCACCCUCAAUGCCCGUACCAGUAUUCUGGCUUCGGCCAACCCAAUUGGCAGUCGCUAUAAUCCCAAUCUCCCCGUUCCCCAGAACAUCGAUUUGCCCCCUACUCUCCUUUCUCGAUUUGACCUGGUGUAUCUUGUUCUGGAUCGGACCGAUGAGCAAGAAGAUCGCCGGCUGGCCAAACACUUGGUGAACAUGUACCUGGAAGAUAAGCCGGAGAAUGCAAGCAACGAAGAAAUCUUGCCGGUUGAAUUCCUCACGGCCUACAUCACCUACGCCAAGACUCGGGUGCACCCCGUGCUCACCCCAGCUGCAGGCAAAGCGCUCUCCGACGCAUAUGUCAACAUGCGCAAAUUGGGCGACGACAUUCGGUCGGCAGACCGCCGUAUCACAGCCACCACCCGUCAACUUGAAUCGAUGAUUCGUCUCUCCGAGGCUCACGCACGUAUGCGCUUGGCGACUGAAGUAACGGCGGACGAUGUGGAGGAAGCUGUGCGUUUGAUCCGGUCGGCCAUCAAGCAAGCCGCGACGGACGCCCGCACCGGUCUCAUUGACAUGGGUCUGCUGACCGAAGGCACCAGCGCCAGCGAGAGACGCAACCGCGAGGCGAUCAAGCGUGGCGUGCUCGCCGUGGUCGAUGAGCUGGCCGGACCCACCGGCGGCGCCCGCUGGGCCGACGUCUACCGUGUUCUGAACGAGCAGAGCAGUGCCGGCGUGGAUAACGCCCAAUUCAACGAUGCUGUCCGUGCCUUGGAGACGGAGGGCACGGUCAAUGUCCUGGGCGAUGGGCCGCGGCGCAGUAUCCGACGCGUCGCCGGAGCUCUGCCCUGAGCGCCAUAUAAGGGCGACUAGUUGAUGAGAAACAUGAUGCAACGGACUAGAUAGCUUUUCGGAAAGGUGCGAUUUGUGUUAGUCGCUUGCAAUGGGAGGGUGGCGUCUGGUGUUCGUUCAUGUUCUGAGCAUGUGUAUCUAUUUCAGGGUGC